AACUAUUGAAACUUGAACAAAAACCAAACAAGGAUAAACAAGAAAAAAGUUUAGCAAUAAAACUUAUCACCUUGACCUCACUAUUAGACAAAUUCAAAAAUACUUAUGAUGAUUACUACUUACCAUCCAUAGUAGUAUACAUUGCCAUAAAUGAAUAUUUAAAAGAAAAAUUUGAACCAGAAAACCCGCUCCGGAAAGAAAUUAAAAAAUUCCUUGUAUCAAAAGCUAAUAAAGAAGAAGAUUGGAAAUUUCACGAUAGAAUUGUUAAAUUCCAUCACGAACUUAAUACAAAAAUAUUAAAGAAACUUAUUUUCAA